UUAAUUCUUUUUUUUUUUUUCUCUUCAUCUUUGACCAUGGCUAGUUAUUUUGGUAACAACUUACAUAUUAUUAUAGAACUUUAUUGAAAUAUGAUGAAUAAAUGAAAACUCAUAGUUGAUUAUAUAUAUACACUAGACGACCUUAAUAUCAAAACCAAUAUACGAAAACCUGGAACAGCCAAAACGUAUAAUGUAGAUCUUGACGAUUUUAUGACUCCAACAACAUCUUUAUCUUCUCAACACUAUCGAUCACAGAAUAUGACGACAGAUAAUGUCAAUCAAUUAUUGCAAACAGCAAAUUUCUUUCGACAAUAUCAACAACAAAUGCAAGAUCAUGGUGAUGUCAAUCAAGAACAAUUUUUGGACAACUUAGUAUCACAGCUUUUAGAAGAAUCACAAAGUCAAGGUAAAGGACCACCACCGGCGUCUCACCGAUUCAUGAUUUCUUUACCCACUAUUGCCAAAAAGUCUUUAUCAAGUGAAGAAACAUGUAUUAUAUGCAAAGAAAUAUUACAAUCAAGUCAAGACAAGGUGACCAAGAUGCCAUGUGGACAUUACUUUGAUGAAGGAUGCUUAUUACCAUGGUUACAAUUACAUCAUACAUGCCCAAUGUGUCGCUUCAAGGUAGAAACUGAAGAACAGGCUAAACAAGAAGAAGAAGAAGAAGCAAGAGAUUUUAUGUACGGAUGAUGAAUGAAUUACUUGAUCGAUUGAUUGAUUUGAUGGAUUGAUUGGAUGUUUAGUAAUUUAUUGAAUAGAUUAUUAAAUAAAGAAUGUCUUUUUAUUAUUGUU